UGCGAAUACUUCUGAAAAUAUAAACCCAACAGUUUAAGUGGAAUUACUAUGAAUUGCAAAGUUAAUUGUGGAUUUAAUUAAUCAAUUAGUUAAAACGUUUCACUAUUUGAUGUUAACCUUUUGUCGGAGCAGAGAAAUUGCUUUGGUUUGGACUUCUCCAAGAGGAGGGGUUGGUAAAGACGACAUUACGUGGGGGGUUAGAAGGCAGAUUUAUGGUCAACAAGUGCACAUCAUAGAUUGAUAUAGUUUGAGCUUAGUAGAGCUGAUAUCUUCACGCCCUGAUAAAACAGUGUAGUGUUGGCCUUUAUCAGGAAAAAGGAUGGCACCGAAGAAAGGAAUCAAUGUGAGGGUUAUAUCUUUAGACACUGAACUAGAGUUUACAAUUCAACCGAGUACAACUGGAAAAAUUCUUCUGGAUCAAAUUAUUCAAACAACUGGACUGAGGGAGAUCUGGUACUUUGGACUCCAAUACACUGAUGUAAAAGGGGGAUUGAGCUGGCUUAAGCUUGACAAGAAAGUGAAAACACAACCUGUGAAGAAAGAGGAACCAUUACAGUUCAAGUUCAGAAUCAAAUACUUUCCCGAGCACAUUGUUGAAGAGAUUAUUCAGGAACAGACCCUUAAACUAUUAUAUCUACAGAUAAAAAGUGAUAUUCUGAGUGAAAGUAUUUACUGUCCUCCUGAAAAGGCUGUUCUUCUCGCUUCUUACUAUACACAGGUUAAAUAUGGUAAUUUUGACUCAGAAGUUCAUACAUCAGGAUACCUUGCAAAUGAUAGUAUUCUUCCCAGAGCUGUUAUUGUUGAACAUAAGCUUAGCAGAGAAGAAUGGGAGGAUAAGAUUUCUAUAUUUCAUGCCAAACAUAAAGGAAUGUCCAAGGAGGAUGCAAUGGCAGAGUAUUUGACAGUGGCGCAGGAUCUGGAAACUUAUGGCAUCACAUAUUUCCAGGUGAAGAACAAGAAGGGAACCCAGCUACUGCUUGGAAUUGAUGCACUAGGAAUAAAUAUUUAUUCAAAAGACAACAAGCUUAACCCUCAGAUUAACUUUCCAUGGUCUGAGAUUGGACGCAUAUCCUUUGGUGGAGACGAGUUUAUCGUCAAGAUGACGGACAAGAGUGCGGCCAAGUUCGUUGUAAAGUGUAUUGUUGCGAAGGAAAGCAAGAAAAUCUAUGAUUUGGCAUCAGGAAACCAUGAGAUGUAUAUGAGGCGAAGACGACCUGAUACUAUGGAAGUUCAGCAGAUGAGAUCUCAGAAGAAGGAGAUGAUUGCCAGGAAGCUCAAGGAGAAGGAAGAACUCCAGAAGGAGAUAUCAGCCAGAGCAAAGGUGGAACAACAAAAGAAGGAGUUGGAAGCUAGGUAUAAAGAAAUGGAGGAUAGAAUGAAUAGAAGAGAAGAGGAGCUGAACAAGGCCAACCUAAAGAUUGAGGAGUUAGAGCGACAGCUCCGUGAGAUCAAGGAAGCUAAGGAGGACCUAGAGAAGCAGCAGAAGGAGCUCAAGACUAUGAUGGAGGAGCUAGAGAGCGCUAAAAGUCUGGAGUAUGAGCAGAGAACCAGGAUGGAACGAGAGAUAUCGGAGAAGCAGGAGGAGAUAGAGAGAAUCCAGAGUUUGGUGUCGGAGAAAGAGAACGAGAGUAAACGUCUGCAAGAAGAGGUCGAGGAGGCCAGACAACGGAUGGAGAAGAACGAGGCUGACCUUAGGAGAGAGCUGGAAAACUCAAAGGUUAGGAUUGUUGAGGAGUACUCCUACCAGAGAAACGGUGUGGCGGAGAGUGUAAGCAGUGACUCUGGAACUUCCGACGAGGGCAGUAAGGGGGACGAGGAGGAGGAGGCGGCGAGGAUUCCCGAGAUUAUAGUUGAUCCUGUGGAGGAACGGGAGGUUGGGAUGAAGGAUGAAAUGAAGAAUACUAUGGAGGAGCUGGAGAAGGCAUUGGCCUCUGAGAGAGAAGAGGAUACAAUUCAAAGCAAACAACAUAGGGAAAACCUGAAGCAAGGUCGGGACAAGUACAAGACCCUACGUGAGGUUAGGAAGGGAAAUACUAAACGGAGAAUAGAUAAUUUUGAAAACUUGUAAUUUAUACAUAUUUGCAUCAGAGGAACUGAACACUUGCUGCAUACUCUUAUUUUCUAAUCCUAAUGGUGCGAGUGUUCAGUUCCUUUAAAAUCAUGUCAUGUUAUUGAAUUACCCUUUACAAUGUAAUCAGCUAUUCAUAUCGCUACCUUUAAACCAUUAUGGUGACAAACCAACGGCAUUCCUAUCAAAGUUACAACAAAUUUCGGUCAUUUUCUUACUCCUGUUCUGUACAGAAAUCCGCGAACCCCUUAGUUUAAAUACAGGAUGUAAAAAUUAUUUGGCAAAAGUUUUAAAUAUCUACCUAAUUUUGAAUUGUUGAUGACAAUGUUAGUAAUUACGGGAUUUUGAAAUUACGAUGACAAUUUUUUUGAGAAAAAUUAUGUUUGAUUAUUUUUGUUAAAUUAACCAUGUUGUCAAUAAAAAUAAAGUAGCGUUUUAACCAGAUGCA